AGGGGAAAACGACCCUGCUCUCCGCGGGGGUCACUGGUCUUUGGGUCCUGGGAGUCCAACUCCGCCUCCACGCUUGACCGGCCCUCCCGUCCUCCGUCCGUAAUCGUCGCCGUCGCCGGGGAGCUGCGCCAUGCGGCCUUCCACCCACAUACUCGCCGCGAGGCACCUCCUCCGCGGCUCCCGCUUCCAACCCUCCACGGCGUCCGCCGCCGCCUCGGUGUUCUGGCGGCAAGACGGAGCCAAUGGGCCGCCGAAGCCUCUCAGUAAUCCUCUCCUCGGAGACUUGGGGCCAGACUGUAAGGUUUUUCCUGGGAGAAGCGUCCCCUUUGGCCGCUCCAACUGCUUGCUGCCGGACUCCACCUACCCGCCACACUGCCCGCGGCCUCCCCGCGACUUGAGAGGGCAUGCAUUUUCCACAUCUGCAAAUGCUGUCACAGUUGGAAAACCGGCUGAUGAUAACAUGCGUAAAGAUGCCCCGAAAAAGGACAUCGACGAUCAGAUGGCAGAUACACAGAUCCUUCGAAGCCUUUGGAAGUACUUAAUGUUGAAUGACAGCCCUGAUUUCCGCUUCAGGCUUGUGUUGUCGUUGGGCCUCUUAGUUGGUGCAAAGGUUAUAAAUGUUCAAGUGCCUUUCUUGUUUAAGCUUGCUAUCGAUUGGCUUGCAGCCUUUGGUGGUGCUGAAGCCUCACUGGCAUCGUUUACAGAUGCUAAUGCAACCCUAUUGGCUCUCUUUGCAAGCCCAGCAGCUGUUCUGAUUGGAUAUGGUAUUGCACGGUCAGGGGUAUCAGCCUGUACAGAACUGCGCAAUGCUUUGUUUUCUAAAGUGACCUUGAGAGCCAUCCGCUCAGUCUCCAGAACGGUAUUUUUUCACCUGCAUGAGCUUGAUCUUCGUUAUCAUCUAAGCCGGGAAACUGGAGCUCUAAAUCGCAUAAUUGACCGAGGCAGCCGUGCAAUAAAUUACAUUCUUACAGUGAUGGUGUUCAAUGUUGUUCCCACGAUACUAGAGAUUGGUAUGGUGUCAAGUAUACUUGCCUACCAGUUUGGUUCCUCUUUUGCUUGGAUUACUUCAGUUUCAGUUGCUACUUAUAUUGCUUUCACUUUGGCUAUCACACAGUGGCGGACUAAGUUCAGGCAAGCCAUGAAUAAAGCUGAUAAUGCUUCUAGUACAGUGGCUGUUGACUCCCUUCUGAAUUAUGAGACUGUCAAAUACUUCAAUAAUGAGCAAUUUGAAGUUCAGAAGUAUGACAAAUAUUUAAAGAACUAUGAGGAUGCUGCACUGAAAACCCAAAGUAGCCUUGCCUACCUGAACUUUGGGCAAAGUGUUAUAUUUAGCUCAGCGUUAUCCACAGCAAUGGUUUUAAGCUCGUAUGGUGUAAUGAGUGGUGCUCUGUCUGUUGGUGAUUUGGUCAUGGUUAAUGGACUUCUAUUCCAGCUCUCACUGCCUCUGAACUUCCUUGGGAGUGUCUAUCGAGAAUCCAGACAAAGCCUUAUUGACAUGAAGUCAAUGUUUCAAUUGCUUGAGGAAAAACCUGGAAUAAAGGAUAAGCCUCAGGCACAACCUUUGCAGUUCAAGGGAGGAUGCAUUGAAUUUGAGAACGUGCAUUUUGGGUAUGUACCAGAAAGGAAGAUUCUCGAUGGGGCUUCGUUCACUGUACCGGCAGGAAAAAGUGUGGCGAUUGUUGGAACUAGUGGCAGCGGAAAGUCAACCAUACUUAGACUUCUCUUCAGAUUUUUUGAUUCGACUUCAGGAUCUAUACGAAUAGAUGGGCAAGAUAUCCGGGGAGUCACACUGGAGAGUCUACGGAAGUCUCUUGGUGUUGUACCGCAGGAUACGGUACUUUUCAAUGACACCAUUAAGCAUAAUAUACAAUAUGGGCGGUUAUCCGCAAAAGAUGAGGAGGUUUAUGAUGCUGCUCGGCGUGCUUCUAUCCAUGACACAAUCAUGAACUUUCCAGACAAGUAUGACACAGUUGUAGGAGAACGCGGAUUGAAGUUAAGUGGUGGUGAGAAACAACGAGUGUCAAUUGCUCGUGUAUUUUUGAAGGAGCCUUCCAUUCUAUUAUGUGAUGAAGCUACAAGCGCACUAGAUAGCACUACUGAAGCAUCGAUUUUGAAUUCUUUGAUGUCUUUAUCUGUCGAUCGUACCUCAAUUUUUAUUGCUCAUCGACUCACAACUGCAAUGCUAUGCGAUGAGAUCAUCGUCUUGGAGAGUGGAACGGUAGUGGAACAAGGACCACAUGAUUUUCUUCUGUCAAAGGGUGGGCGGUAUGCCGAACUGUGGUCACAGCAGAAUAACAGUGAAGCCGCUGAUUCUUCUGUCAGCUUAGAAGUUUGAUAAACCCAAUACGUUUCCCCUUUGCAAGGGGAAAUACACAGCCAUAUUAAAAUGAAAGCAGGUUUCUCCUUGUCUACCUUGUAAAUGGAGUGCUUAAGGUUUCAGAUAAAAAGAGAAAUUUACAGUUGAGGAGAAGAUUCUCCAUUUCAGAGCCGAGAGGCAAAAGUUUCCUUUGAGAAGUAUAUCUAGCAAUCCUGGCAUAUGUCCAUGCCAAUUUAACAUUUUUGUAGUACAUGGAAUAAUCCCAGUAAAUAUUAGUUGUUUCCGCUGGUUCAUGAUUGCAGGCAGCUCAGUGUAGGAACAUUUACAUGUUCAAUUGUUUCCAUUAUGGACCUUUGUAAAACUCGCGUAAAUCUGUAUGCUCAUGAAUGAUAAUCAUCGUGCUCACCUGGCCCGUGCAAUGGAAUCUCCUGUUAAAUUA